UGCAUUAUGAAAUUCAGUUUUUAGUUAGUAAGGAGGACUCGAAAAAAACCCAGAGAUGGCGUCUUCAUUCAUUUCAUCUCGUCAUAAGGUGUCGGAUUUAAUUCAUGACUUCUCAUGUUCUCCAUGUGAAGAAGACGGACUUAACUCUGAGGCUGGGUACUUUUGUGUAGACUGUUCAAAGUAUUACUGCUCUCGAUGCGAGUCCAAACAUGGCGGCCUGUUUAAGCGGCACAGAGUACUUGAUCGGAAGGACGUGAAGAAAUGGGCGGCGGUGCCUGGGACGGUCGUGGACGAUCUGGAAAUAUGCGAGCACCAUCCCGGGAAAAAGGUGGAGCUGUUCUGCAGAGACCACCAAGAGCUGUGUUGCCAUAUAUGCGUCUCCGUUGGACACAGACAAUGUUCGAUGAUACAACAUAUACCAGACGUAGCAAGAGGCAUUCAUGACAAAACAGAAUUCAAACGGCUUCCACAACAAAUCGCAGACAUCCAGUCAAGAAUCAAGAAGCUGCAAGAGUCCCGCAAGAAAACUCAACAAUGUAUACGGGAUUCUCGUGCACACAUCCUUCAAGAGAUCAGAGCUUUGCGAAGAAAAAUCGACCAGGUCCUUGACCAAUUGGAGCAAAUCACAAUCAAAAACAUGGAUGAUAUGGUUGGAACGUUUGAGGAGCAAAUACAGAAAGACAUUGCACAGUCCACACGGAUGAGCAAAGACAUUAAAUCACUUGCAGAUAACAUAGCGAAGAGUAAGAUGAACGAUUCCUUGGUCUACGUAGGAUAUUCAAGAUGUCAGGAAAUGAUUACAGAAACUAAUGCUUUCCUCGAAGACACUACAACCAAACAAAAAGUGUAGUUGGCGUUUGUGCCAAAU